AUGAUCAUAUACCACGACUGCCUCUCAAACGCGGAGCUGGUAUCGGAUGCGUUCAAGCUGACCGAGGUUGAUGGAUGUGUGUACGAGGUCGAGGGCAAGUGGAUUACGGUUGCGGACGGCGUCGCUGGGGAUGCAAGCGAUGGCAAUGCCGAGACUGGCGCUGAUGCCGGCUCGGCUGUCGCCGCGGAUGCCGGUGCUCGUGUGCAGACCUGGGUUGCAGGCGCUGACGCCGGUGCUGAUGUUGAUGACGAUGCUGACACGGUUGCCGACACCAACUCGGUCUCGGCCAUCGAUGUUGUGCACAUGUUCAAACUGCAGGAGACGUUCUACGACCGCUCUACCUACCGGCUCUACUUUAAGGGCUACAUGCGCCGGGUCCGAGCUUUCCUCGAGGCCAAUCGGCCCGACGAGGUCGACCAGUUUGUCAAGCGCGCGCCGCUGUUUGCCAAGUCGGUCCUCGCCAACAUCUCCGACUGCCAAUUUUCGUUGGCGAGGACUUCAACGCCGAGGCCAUGA